AUGGCCUUCUCCAAGCCAACCCUGCUGUCCUGCGCCGUGUGGCUGCUUGCCUGCCUCCCCGAUGGAGCCGUCUCCGCUGGGAGUGCAGCUUCGGCCCCGAUGCUUGACUUGAAGGCGGCUACAAAGCGCUCCGACACCCUUCGCAGAACCGACAAGAUCCGGACCACUCCUUUUGUCGAUUUGCUCUACACGGAUGGCGACAACACGAACAGCCAGAAGUCCGUCUUCUACUCCCGUGUCCAGGCUCAGUCGAACAAGCAAGUGCUCGUGCUCGAGGACAUUGAAGACCAGCUGAACAGCCUCGAAUGCACGGGCUCGGGCAUCGAGCUUGAGUUCCGUGAGGAUGAUGUCUUUGCUGAUGCUGAGAACGUCAUCUCUCGCUUGGAAGGCGGAUACGUUGUUGCUUCCCAUGCUGGAUGCACCGACGAGGGCUCGCGCUCUGUGUUCCUGGUCGACGACGUGACGAGCUCCGAAGACUCAAAGACCAUCAGCAUCGCCACGACCAAGAAGCAGUGGAAGCAAGCCUUCAGCCGGUUCAACAUUGAUUACGGAUACUCCCAGGAGCACCAUGAGCUCCGCCGUCAUCAGAUGAAGCGUAGGCAGGAUCCCACCUCGCAGGUUGCCACCGCCGGCACCGCUACUGCUACUGCUACCCUGGAGCUCCCCCCUCGUCGGAUGGGGCGUAGGCAGGAUACCAUCUCGCAGGCCGUCACCACCAGCACUGCUACCCAGACCGUCGUCUCCUCGACCGUGGUCACCUCGACUUCGACGGGCUUCUUGAGCCACCAGACCCUCAUCCCUGCCGGAAACGCCUCUCAAGUUUCCGAGACCUCGGUCGCGCUCAACCUGUUCCACGAGAGCGCCAACACGACGUUUGCGCUGCCUGCUGGAUUCGCCAUGACUCUCCCCAACCCCCACUUCAUCAUCGGCUGCAAGCACUGCAAGGUCACGGGCAACCUGAACCUGACCCAGGGUGGCUGGGAGCUCGACUGGCCCGACAUGGAAGAAAUCACCGAGAUGGACUCGGUCGCCGAUGUCUUCAAGAUGGGCUUCGUCCAGCUCGCGCUGAACAACUUCUCCGCCUACAUCGAACUCCAAGCCACCCCGGCCGAGUCCGGCAGCCUGCAGAUUCCGCUCUUCACCGCCCCGACCGCCGGCUUCAGGAUCCCCGAGCUCGGCAAAGCCGGCGUCAUGUUCGAGCCCGCCCUCACCUUCAACUGGGCUCUGAGCGGCGGCGUCCAAAUGUCCUACGGCUUCAACAUGACCAUCCCCAGCGCCGUCGCCGCCCUGAACUUCACCGACCUCGAGUCGUCCACCGUGACCGGCCUCGACGACUACACCCUCACCGCCAUCCCCUUCCAAGCCAACGUCUCCGACGUCGAGCUGCAACUGCACGUCGCGCUCCGGCCGCGCAUCGAGCUCGCCUUCGGCCUCUUCGACGACGACCUCCUCGCCGAAGCGGGCACCUACCUCGACCUGCCCGUCGCCAACGUCAACAUCACGCAGCUCGCGUCGGGGCAACACGACAGCAACUGCGAGCCGGUCGACGCGCCGCCCGCCGCAGAGGCCGACUUCGACCGCAGCUUCGCCAACCUCACGCACAUCGCCGCCGGCGUCGACAUCGGCGCCGGCGCCGACUUCCGCGUCCAGGCCCAGCUGCCCGUCGUGCGCGACCCCAGCUUCGCCACGUCCUGGAGCAUCGCCAGCAUGCCCGCCACCACCCUGCCCACCGCCUGCCUGGUCUACCAGAGCACGGGCGCGCCCGCCGGCGCCGCCUUCACGCCUGCCGCCACCAAGUUUGCGGCCAUGCAGCAGCAGCAGCAGCAGGGCCAGGCUGGUGCCGGCGGAGCGCUGACUGGUGGUGGAUCGGAGGCUGGUGCCGACGAGUCUUUCGGAGCAGGUAGGGUACUGUCACUUGAUGUCGCUGUUGCCGUUGGCGUUUGA